AUGGAUGUUACAAAUAACGAAAGGCUCAACAUUGAAGCUGUAGGAGGCAGCAUGACCUACAAUAAAGCAGCUCCUCAAAUAAUAGAAAACUCUCCCACAGGCAGGUUUAGUCGGUUUGAUGAAGAAAUAGGAAGCGGCGCUUAUAAGACAGUCUAUAAAGCUAUUGACAAUGAUACAGGCUGUGAAGUUGCCUGGAAUACUGUAAAAACACAUGGGAUGACAAAAGCUGAAAAAGAAAGGGUGCGGGAUGAAAUUAUGAUAAUCCAGAAACUUAAACAUCCCAAUAUUUUGCACUUUAUUAAAGCAUGGCACAAUAAAAACAGAGAAGAAGUGGUGUUUAUUACUGAAAUUAUGACUGGUGGGUCAUUGAAACAAUAUUUGAAAAAAAUAAAAACACCAAGGCUAAAAGUGGUCAAAAAAUGAUGCAAAUUUAUUUUGGAAGGGUUAUUACACACUAAAGGGUUUAUCUAUUUUAUAAUAUUUUAUAUUAUCUAUUUUCAAAGAGGAAAAGAUAUUAUUAAUCCAAAAAGAAUUAAAAAUAGUGAUAAAAUAGAAAUAAAUUAUUUGCAUUCUCAAAAGCCUUUCCCAAUAAUACACAGAGAUCUCAAAUGUGACAAUAUUUUUGUAAGUGCCAGAACUGGUGAAAUUCGCAUUGGAGACUUAGGCUUAUCUACCUUUAUGAGAAGCUCUUACAAUAAAUCAGUUGUAGGGACUCCACAAUAUAUGGCGCCAGAGCUAUUUGAAGAGCGUUACGGGACCAAUGUUGACAUUUAUUCUUUUGGCCUGUGCAUUUUAGAAAUGUGCACCGGCGAAAUGCCUUAUAGUGAAUGCAAAAAUCCAAUGGAAAUCUACCAAAGAGUAUCUAGAAGAAUCAAGCCACUUGCAUUAGAAAAAAUAGGAAAUUUAGAUGUCAAGGAGUUUAUUACUUUAUGCCUAACUGAUAUGGAUCAAAGACCUUCAGCUGAAGAAUUAUUGAAUCAUCCUUUUUUCAAUAAUGACGAAAAUGAUGAUAAAAAUCAUGAUAUCAUCAAUAUCUUAGAAAUCCCUGAUGAACAAAAUUCGAAUUUUGAGGAAAAAACGCCAAAAGUAGAUGAAUUUCAGCAAAAUUCAAAAGUAAAUGGAUUUUAUACGUCAAAAGAUAUACAGUUGUCUAUUAAGAUUGGAGUUUUAGAUAAAAGCACUGGCAGAGUUGUGCGAACAAAGUUAGAUUUUUUGUAUAAUUUAGAAUCAGAUACCCCUGAAGGAGUUGCGGAAGAAAUUGUUUCUAAUUUUGCUUUAGAAAGUAAUUAUACAGUAGAUGAAGUACCACACUUCUUAGGCACUAUGUGCUAUGAAGAGUUUUGGUCCCCUAGGGCUUAUUUAGGCCAUGUCGAACACGGUAUUUGUGCAGAGGUAUCCACUCGUAGUUCCGAUCAUACAGAAUUUCCUCGAACUUCUACCCUAGCCCUAGUAUCGCUUACCUCUACUUAGCCAGGACAGAUUAUUGCAAUAAAUUACCCUUUGCAACUAGAAAAACUCUUCUCCUGAGUUUCCUUGAUCCCUGUCAGGCCUUCUUAACUUCAAAGGAAAGUCUUAGACGCAUAUGCGAUUUGAGGCUAGAAACUAACAGCUUAGGCUGGCAAGUCACCUUCCUCUUUCGGGCACCCAAUGGCAUAAAAAGUGCUUAGGUCAGACCGCCAAUCAACGAAAUAAUUCUGGAUCCCUCGUCUCAAGGAUAACUCAACCCUUGGACAGCUUUUUGCACCAAAAAAACACGUUCGGAUAUAAAUAAUAGACCGUCCCUAGAAGGGUAUUCAUUCGUUAACGGCCAUUUUAUGGAAAUUAGAAAGGAAUUAUACAGAGUCAAUUAUAUACAUAAAAAUGCUGACGAGCGACCCGUCCUUCCUGUGGCGGGUGUCUAUAUAUCUGAAAUGGCUUUUGGUGCAAGAAGCUGCCUAUGGGUUGGAUUAGCCUCAAAGCGAAAGGUGCAGAACUAUUUCGGAUGAUUAGUGGCUUGCUUGAGCUGCAGUUUUUUACAUCUUUUUGUCAGCAGCGCCCACGCCUAGAUUAGGUGUCCUAUAGAGGUAGGAUGGCUUGCCUGCCUAAGUUGCUUUUGCGACCUGCCCCUAGUCUGCACAAGCAUAUUGAGUGUUUACCUCAGAGAUUAUUCGGAGAAAAAGGAGAAGAGAGGCUAGACGGAGGUCUCAGGACUACUUUCUCCAAUCUAAAAAGUUCCCUCAAUGUGACGAUCUGGCCUAAGUUACGUAGGGCUGGGCAAUUGGCUGGAAAGAGCUCUGGCAAAAUCUGAUUUUUCCUGAUCAGGAGGGAAAAUGUCUUGAGUGAGAAUCUGGGGGCUUCGGCCUGAGCUCAAGCUGCCUUGAGGGAGACCAGCCUGUAGGAGUUCGCCUGCAGAAUGUACGGUGUUUCAGGAAGUGGGGACUAUAUAAAUGCCAAUCUAAUCUAAUACUGAGUCAAUUGCCAUGAUUAUUCACAAAAAGCUUACCUAAUUAGUCUUUAAUUACUUUAUAUAUUUGCUCGUUAAUUUUUUAAAAAUUUUUUUUCGAUUGCAAUUAAAAGAGUUAGUAAAUAUUAA